AUGCCCGGAGAUGGAACACACAUUGUACCAACGCCAUUGGCUGGGAGUGACUCGGAUUUGCGUGUUAGUGCAUUGAUUAGUUAUGAGCAGGGCGACUGGGAUACUGAUGUUUUGGACGCUACUUUUAUGCCAGAAGAUCGAACAAAGGUGCUCACAAUCCUACUAUCCCGCUCUUUUCCUAGCGACAAUCGUUAUUGGUGGCCAAAUUCGAAUGACAAAUAUACGGUGAGGACUGGUUAUUGGCUAGGGAGGCUAGGAUGUCUGGAGGCGUGGAAUAUGUUUCAUGGGGAAACAGGUUCGAAGCUGGUAUGGGGGCUGAGUGGUCCACCGAAAUUGCACCAUUUCUUACGGAGAGCAUGUAAGGGAAGUUUGGGGACCAUGGAGGUACUGCACAGGAGACAUGUCCGACCUUCACCACAAUGUGGGGUCUGCGAGCAACAUGAGGAAACCAUCAACCACUCUUUGUUCGAGUGUAAACAUGCGUCGCUAAUUUGGACUCAUAGCGAGUUCGCGGCACUAUUGGAAGAAGCACCUACUGAGUCUUUUGCCACAAGGUUUCGAUGGUUUGCAGAUCAGUUAACAAGGGAUAGGAUGCAAACCUUUGCGUUCCUUGUGUGGGCGGCUUGGCUCUGUCGAAAUAAAGCUUGCUUCGAGCCGACGACGAGUCUGGACGCGAUUAGUGUAGCUGCGGGUUUCGUAAAACUCAAUGACGAUUAUUGCAGCUAUAAUGUGAAGGUAAUUAAGAAUGCCCCUGGAGUCUUGCCUUUCUGCUCGGAAGCUAGUUGGUAUCCCCCACCAAAUGAUACAGUGAAGGUGAACGUCGAUGCGCAUAUAAUGAAAGAUAUAGGGGUGAGCUUCGGAGUGGCUAUCCGUGAUGGGGCCGGAAGCCUUAUACUGGAAGCAGUGAAGAGAAUGAAUGCACAGUGGCAGCCGGAGAUGGGGGAAGCUGGUGCGGUCAGGUACGGGCUAGAGGUGGCACGGAGAUUUGGCUUCGAAAAGGUGGUUCUUGAGUGCGACGCAACCAGUGUGGUCCGAACUCUACACAGCAAAGAAGAAGGUGAUGCGCCAAUAUUUUUUAUCUUUGACGAUAUUAGAAGGUUAAGUUAUGCUUUUAGCUCUUUUAUGUGUAACUCAUGUUAG